AUGCAUCGGUCAACGCAAACGCAAACGAAUCUUGGUCGUCUCACGGAAUACGAGGUCAUCGGGCGCCACUUGCCCACCGAGUCCAACCCGACUCCCGCCCUGUACCGCAUGACCAUCUUCGCCCCCAACACCACGGUUGCGAAGUCCCGUUACUGGUACUUCUUGCGCGGCCUGAAGAAGGUCAAGAAGGCCACCGGUGAGAUCGUCAGCGUCAAGGAGAUCCAGGAGAAGCACCCCCUCAAGGUCAAGAACUUCGGUAUCUGGAUCCGCUACGACUCUCGCUCCGGCACCCACAACAUGUACAAGGAGUACCGUGAGAUGUCCCGCACCGAUGCCGUCGAGGCUCUCUACUCCGACAUGGCCGCCCGCCACCGUGCCCGCUUCAGGUCCAUCCACAUCCUCAAGGUCGUCGAGCUCGAGAAGGCCGACGAUGUCAAGCGCCCCUACAUCAAGCAGCUCCUCACCAAGGGCCUUACCUUCCCCCUCCCCCACCGCGUCCCCAAGAUCCCCAACCAGAAGAUCUUCUCCGCGAAGCGCCCUACCACUUUCGCAUAA